AUGUAUUCGAAGUGGUCCGUCCAGCUUCUGAUGGUGGUUCUUUCCAUCAUCGUAGCCAGCCGGGCAACGUGGUUCAACCCAGCGCCCUCGGAUCUUGUCGUCAGACAAGACGUCUCGGUCACCGCUGCUAUUCAGGAUGACAGCACAACGUCACCAGCCGAUACUACCGCGGACGCGACUCCCACGAGUGAUGAUGCAACUUCAACGCCCGAGGAGACAACACCAGCAACAACGGCUAAUCCCACAACUGCCGACGACUCUCCAACAACAGAAACAUCAGCAGCCGAUGCCACUCCUACCACUCCUACCACCGACGCAACGACCACGACCCCGGAGAACACCACCCCCACAGACGCCAACACCACGCCGACGACUGGUGCGACUACCACCUUGCCUCCCACGACUGGUGGUGGUACUACCGGUACGACGUCUUCGGCCUCGUCUAAAGAAACCAGCUCGGGCAACGACGAUAGUUCAAGCAGUAAGAGUAGUAAGACGACUGCAUCGCCGGUUACUUUCACCAGCAUAGCCGUGAUCACUACCACCAACGAUGCUGGACAGACGGUCACUUCGUCAUCUGCAACCGCCAUUGUUUCUACGCCGGCGCUGUCUGGCAGCGACAGCAGCAAAGACAACCAAGGCAUAAGCCAGGGCACCAAGAAUACCAUCAUUGGUGUCUGCGUCGGUGUUGGACUUGCCAUCGUCAUCGCGGUGGGUGGUCUACUGUUCUGGAGACUUCGCAGUAAGAGACGAAGCCAGGAAGAGAAUGAGGAGCUGGUUAGCUACGGCAAUGGAUUCGGUGGACCUGGCACGGCUGAGAAGAGCGAGACCAGUGCUCCUCCUAACCGAAGCCCCUUCCAAAGCACCCUGGAAAGUUACCAUGCGCCUACGCAGACGAAUGCCGCGUCCAACUUCUAA